AUGAGAAAGGAGGGAGUGAUAGUCAUUAACGCCACACUGAGCUUUGAGCUGCAUCCUGAGGAAGAAAAGCAUGAUAAAGAAGAGGAAGGGAGCGGAGAAAUGGAAGAAGGAUGGAUGCACGUGAUCUACCCUACAGAUUCACAAACAUCGGAGUCUAGAGACUGUGGAGUGUCACAUACCUCUAUUCCUCCCAUUCAGAUCAUCCCACACACACACAGGAGUAAGAGAGACAUUCUCUCAGAGACCAAAUAUAUUGAGCUGGUGCUGGUGGCUGAUCAUAAAGAGUAUCUGAAUUAUCAGAAGAAUAAUAAAACCAUAAUUUACCGCAUGUUGGAUGUGGCAAACCAAGUAGACUGGUUCUACCGGCCACUGAAUGUACGUGUAGCUCUGGUGGGUUUGGAGAUCUGGAGUGACCAGGACAAAAUUAAAGUGGAUAAAAAUCCCACUGAAACUCUAAACCGCUUCCUGGAUUGGAGGAUCAGGGAGCUUCUAGCACGGCUACGGCAUGACAACGCACAGCUCAUCAUGGGUGAAUCAUUUGAUGGGACAACAGUUGGCAUGGCAUCUCAGUCCUCCAUGUGCUCAAAGGAUCGGUCAGGAGGAGUGAAUGUGGAUCACCUGGUGAGUGUGUUAGGUAUAGCAUCAACGGUGGCACACGAGUUGGGUCACAACCUGGGAAUGAGUCACGAUACAGCCGACAGGAGCUGUCAGUGCCAGAACGAGCCUCGGCUUGGGGGCUGCAUCAUGGAGCCCUCCACUGGGUUUAUGCCUGGUCAGCUCUUCAGCAGCUGCAGUGAACGGGAUCUCUCUCUCAGUCUACUGCACGGUGGUGGAAUGUGUCUGUUUAACGUGCCUCAGCCGGAGAGUCUUCUGGGAGGUCCGCGCUGCGGAAACCUGUAUGUAGAGAAAGGAGAGGAGUGUGACUGCGGCCUGCUGGAUGAAUGUAAUGAUCCUUGCUGCAAUGCCAGCACGUGUAAACUGGUUCGUGGGGCCCAGUGCUCUUCUGAUGGCAUCUGCUGUGAGAACUGCAAGCUGCGUGUGGCUGGGUCGGUGUGUCGGGAGCCGUUGGGAGAGUGCGAUUUGCCAGAGUACUGCACUGGCACUUCGCCUUACUGUCCUCCUAAUGCGUUUCUGCAGAACGGAGAGUCAUGCAAGGAUGGGUCCUCCUUCUGCUACAGCGGCGUGUGUGCCAGUCUGGACGAGCAGUGCCAAAUGCUCUGGGGACAGAACUCCACCCAUGCUCCACCUAUCUGCUUUUCCUCUGUGAAUAAGCAGGGCAAUAAGUACGGAAACUGUGGCCAGAUGUCCAACGGUUCCUACAUCCCCUGUUUGAAAGGAGAUGUGCACUGUGGUAGGAUCCAAUGUCAGGGUGGAAAUGAACGUCCUCUGCUGGGCUCCAACGCUGAGAUUCUGACCACAACAGUCAAACUGAACCAGAGUGACUUUACCUGCCGGGGCGCCUAUUUUAAUCUGGGUGAUGAUGUUUCUGACCCAGCCAUGGUAUCACAGGGGACAGCCUGUGGGCCCAACAAGGCAUGUGUAGACCAACAGUGCCGGGACGUAUCCAUGUUUGGGGUUGAGGAAUGCCGCAGGAAGUGCAAUGGCCAUGGGGUGUGUAACAGUAAUAAGAACUGUCACUGUGAUGAAGGCUGGGCUGCUCCUGACUGCAGAUACUCUGGAACCGGAGGCAGUGUGGACAGCGGCCCUGCACGAGAGCCUAAAGAUUCAGAUCCUGCGCAGGUGGCUCUGCUGGUCAUUUUCCUGUUUGUGUUACCGGUCUCACUUCUGUUUGUCGCACUCCGUUUCCCCCGCUGUCGACGAGGCCUUGUGUACCUCGGCCACACCCCCUUCAACAAGAGCCGACAGAGCCGUGGGGUCUCAGUGGCCUAUAUUGAAUACUGUGUGAAAGAGGAAAACCGGAGGACUCCUGCUGUGGAGCUUGCAAAUGCUCGAAAUGGAGAUCAGGUGCAACCGCUCAGGUAUCAGUGGCCCCAACAGAGCGACAUCCCUCUCACCCAGGCUAUCAGCAAGGUCCAAAACAGGCCUGCUGCUCCAACUAAACCUCUUCCACCUGAUCCUGUCAUUAAACCCGCUCAGCCCACAGGAGCACGACCGGCUGCACCAAGCAAGCCUCUCCCUCCUGACCCUGUCCUCUCUACACGACAGAACCCCGUUCCCCCCAAACCUCCUGUUCCCAAGAAACCACUGCCUGUGGAUCCUUCAUCCCACCCUCUUCCACCCCCACUGCUGGGACAUCCAGGACCUGCCGCAUCUUCAUCAUCUUACUCGCGUAACCCUGCGUCAGCUGCUGCUCCUGCCAGACCUGCUCCUCGUCCGCCUUUACGGAGACAGCAAUACCCUAGGAAACCCCACGCUCCUCACCAAAUAUAGUCAGGAAGGAAACUGUAAAUUUCUGGACUACAGUUUUUUUCAGUAUUUUGUUUUGUUUAAUAGUAAAAAAUCUGUCCCCUUAAAACAAGAUAAAUUUGAGAAGAAAAACUGCACAACAUAUUUAGACUUGUUUUUAGAUCAUAUAUUCUGAAUAUUUAGGGUAUAUAGCAUAUACCCUAUAUAUAUAUAUAUAUAUAAAAAUUAAGAUCUAUACUCUGACUCAUGCAGUUUUCCUUCUCAUGUAAAUGUAUUUUAAGGACUUUUAUGGCUUCUUAUUUUUAAUGGGAAACGAAACAUUUUUGCAAUUUGGACCCACUGUGGGACACUACGUGAUGUAAACUUGCACAAUUCUAUUUGCACUGACCAUGAGUGAGGACUUGAUUCUGCAGGGUGUACAUUAACUCCUGUACAGACCUCUGUUGCUCUGCAUCUGGAUCAGAACUUCAGCUUACAACUCAUCUUGAGGCUUACUGGGCCAUCGGUGAAAUUACAGACUCCAAUAAAGACGAAAGGAUGUUAUAAUUCUGAAAAACUUUUUAAGAGUGGACAACAAAUAAGAACUUUUAAACGUUGAUAUAAAGUUCCUUUUGUGAUUCAGAUGCUUUGUUCAACGCAUGGAAAUAGGAUAUGACAAGAUGAUGCCUUGAGGAGUCCUGAUUUCUUUCUCUGAGAUGCUGUAUGCAUGCUCAAUUUGCCUGCCUGUAGAUGACCUGAACUUUUCCUACAGAAUCUCUUUGGUGCCUAAUUACUUUGCCACACAACAUCUCCUCAAUGAUUGUUAUAAUACAAUCGCACCAAAACUGAAUUUCAGAACUCUGUUUCUAGAGCUGAAAAUUCUCCGUAAAUUCUGUCUGGUGUAUUACAUUCCAUUUAACAUCAGCUGGUCUCAGUACAGACAUUAGCAUUGGACACAAACACGCAUGUUCUCUGUAAAGUCUUUACUGUAAAGUAAUGUCUUAUAUCAGUAUCAAGAGACUUCAGAUUGUGAUUGUAAACGCUGCUGCAGGGACAAAGCUGGCUGAUUGGAGGAUCGAUCAAAGCACUGAGGAAGUGUAUUUAAAAUAUGCAGUAUUUUUAAUGCAAUAAACAUGGGAUUUAUUUUUACAGUU